AUGCUCGCGGGUGCUUUUGCAGGAAUUGCGGAACACUCUGUGAUGUAUCCGGUAGACUUGCUCAAGACCCGCAUGCAAGUCCUGCAUCCUUCGACCGGUGGUCUUUACACUGGAUUGACCAACGCGGUUUCAACCAUCUACCGGAUUGAGGGCUGGCGAACACUAUGGAAGGGUGUUUCCAGUGUGAUUGUGGGCGCGGGUCCGGCACACGCGGUAUACUUUGGAACAUAUGAGAUUGUAAAGGAGAUGGCUGGUGGUAAUGUGGACGAUGGACACCAUCCUCUCGCCGCUGCUCUGAGCGGUGCGUGCGCUACUAUCGCUAGUGAUGCGCUGAUGAACCCAUUUGAUGUUAUCAAGCAACGAAUGCAAGUCCACGGAUCCGUUCACAAGAGUCUGAUGCAAUGCGCGAAAACUCUUUACCGCACUGAGGGCCUCCAGGCUUUCUACGUCUCAUACCCUACAACCCUCUGCAUGACCGUUCCCUUCACUGCCACUCAAUUCGUCGCCUACGAGUCCCUCUCCAAGUUCAUGAACCCCAAGCAGGAAUAUGACCCACUCACCCACUGCAUGGCCGGUGGUCUUGCUGGUGCCUUUGCUGCGGGUAUCACCACUCCUCUCGAUGUUGUGAAGACACUUCUCCAGACCCGUGGUCUUGCCGAGAAUGAGGAGAUCCGUUCCGCAAAGGGUCUGUUCAAUGCCGCCUCCAUCAUCAAGCGCCAGUUCGGCUGGGCUGGAUUCUUGCGUGGCAUGCGACCCCGGAUCAUUUCAACUAUGCCCAGCACAGCGAUUUGCUGGACUUCCUAUGAGAUGGCCAAGGCCUACUUCAAGAAUCUCGAGUAA